AAGCAAACAAUCGGUGCCUUAUAGGCAUUGUGUUGCGAAAGGCCCCAACAUAAAGUCGUCAGGAACUCUCUACGUGUACCUCCACAGGUACGCGUGCGUAGGUAUGUAAUUGGCGGGGUUCAUGGUACCAAUGUAGGUACGCAGGUAGUGGUCCCUUCCAAUUGUUCCAGUUGAGGCUGUAAACCGGAAGCUUCCAACGUUAAGCUUCACCUAUCACCUAUCAAUUAUCAGUUAUCAAACCCAAAUCCCCCACCGUUGUGCAUCAGGCGGGUGUUGUUAUGACUUCUAACUUUAAGAAAUUGCGCCACUUACCUUUAAUCAUUCAUUUGGUCAUCCUCUAACAGAAGGUAGCUGCAUUUGUUGAGGUCGACUUAUCUGUGAUGACAUGGCUAUGGCGAAGCCUGCGAGCUCCGAAGGGGCGCUUCGAGUGAGCAGAAGCUACAUGGAGACUGGUCGCAAGAGGCACCGAAUUCCAAGCUCAGUACAAAUCCCCUUCGAGAGUUCCCUGCACCUCGGCGUAAUCAACCAAGAUCACGAUAUGGAUAUUGAACCUCCUGACGAUGACGACGACGACGACGAUGACGACGAUAAUGAUACCACCAUUUCUGACGGAAGUGACCAAGAGGAUGAUGCCUUGUUGGAAGAUGCCGCGUUCUUAUUUGAUGAGGCUCCCGAAAUUAAUGAUGGAGCAGUGAUAGUAGAUAUGAUGACACCACAAGGACUCCUAGCUGCUGGAUUCUUUGAUGAUGGUAUGGAACUUGCCGAUCCUGAUGAUGAAUCAGAUGAGUCAGAUGACCAAGACGAGGCCGAUGAUACGGUGGAGGGAGAAGGCCUGCCGCAAGUUGCGCCGUGGAGGAUGAAUCUCACGGCGUUAUCGCAGGUCUACAAUAUUUACAUGGUAGCAUACACUGACAAGAUCUAUGUCUCUCGGCCCCGUAGCUGCGUUACCAAUGCCCUGCCUGCUGAGCCUGAUCUUAUUUUGCAACCCAAAGCAAGUACGAUGGGCAUUGAUGUUGGUGGCUACUUAGACGAGAACUUUCCGCAUCAGGUUAAUCAUCUGAUCGUUGGCGCCUUCGGGAAUGAGGAAAUUCUACUGCUUGCCUACGAUGACGGCGACGUUAUAGGCUACUACACCCAUCACAUCGAGAACGAGCUUCUACGCCGUGAGAGGGAAGGUCGGAACCAUAAAUCUGUUCCUACCCCCUUCUUCCACGAAAACGUUGAGAAAAGCGCCUGGGGAUUAGCAAUCCACAAGCAAUCUCGCAUCAUCGCUGCCAGUUCCAACACCCACAAUGUCUCCGUCUUCAUCUUCGCCUUGACCGGUCAUCCAUACCGACAUACGCCUGAGGUUGACGAGCUCGAACUCUUCAGAAAUGUUGUUAAAGACGAGCAUGGCAAAUUUGUGGAUCCAAAGACGGGCUCAUCACAGGCCUCCGAUGCUACUAAGCACGGUUCAAAUGAUUCCAAGAUUGCUGCACUGGAAAGUGCAGUCCGACGUCGAGAUGCUAAUUGGCGUAUUGUCUUGGAAACUGGUCGCAUGGGCGCCAACAUUCCCAAUAUUGCUUUCAGCAGCGACGCCGAUGGAGAGGCAGACAAGGUUGUGGCGGUAGACAUUAACGGAAGACUUUGGUUGAUGGAUAUCUGGAAUUUUGACCAACGCCCCUACGUCAAAAUUGAUGGUCUUCACCCAGGCCAGCCUCGUCUAAGGCACCAAGGAAUUACCCUCCAUUCGCACAAACCUAGGGGUUGGGGUGUACUCGUAUUACCUGAAAGUAGUUUUCUUCCGAUGAAGAAUAAAGAGGAUGCGAUUGGUAUGUCAUUGGACGAUGCCAGAUACGUAUCGAACGACAGGGUCGGCAAUUGGAUAGAUAUCAGCCCGGGCAUUAAGAAUGUAGAAAAUAAUUCCCGGGUGCAUCCGUGGGUGAGAUGGGGACAUCAUACGCAAUUCGCCUUCAACCCUCUAGAGCCUAGAAGGGCGCAGUUAGAGGCACCAUGGUUUGAUUUCGAUGGCCCCAAGUCGGCUUCUUCGGUGAAGGACCACGAUGAAGAUAGGAUGUCACGUCGCGAACGCGAAUCUCGCCCGGGUUAUAAAAACCAACCGAAACGUAAGACCGUCUUGGCAGAUGGAAGCAGUAUCAUGCGCACGUACGAAAUGGAUAUCGAACUUCGCAGCUUUGAGCAAGACGGUAGAGGCAUCAUGUUCGAAAAGGUCAUUGAUCAAAUGCGGCCUUCACAGGCAGUAUUACCUUUGAUGAGAGUGGCACAUGAGCGUCUAGCAAACCUCAUUCAUGUCCCUGAGUUGUCGUUGGUGGUAGCUGCCUCAUUAUGCGGAAGGGUAGCGCUGGUCACCUUAACGCGCCCAGAGGAAAAGGGCCUCUCUUUCAAACGAGCAUUCAGGGUUGAGGCUAUUUUACCCACCGCACUGGACGAAGAUAAAGGGAGGCGACCCAUAUGCCCCUUGCUGGGCGUGGCUGUCGGACCUGUUCCAUUUUCCGGAAGCCCUGAACUAGCAGACAGGCCUAUUAACGCAAGGCCGUACCGUAUCAUGCUUCAUUUCUACGAUCUUAGCAUACUGAGUUAUGACCUGUCCCGGAGUUCAGCGACGGAUUCUCUCUCUAUUAGCUGAAGAUAUCAUUUCCCUUCUUCCCUAGACUAUGCUGUCAUGAUACCCAGGGGCUUUUGCAAACUACUUUCAGAUUGAGGCUGGUAGGCGUUUGGGUUGCAUGAGAAUGACGGAUGGUGGACGAGGCUCACUUAAUCAUCCGGCAGCCCGUCCCGGUAAGGCGUUAGGUGAAACAUGAAUGGAAAUAAUGGCACGAAUAAAAACAAGUCUCUGGGUCAAUUCCUUUUAGGUAUCUAGGUACUGGGUACUGAGCAGCCAGGCUUGAUAUGUAGGUACGCGAUACGAAAUACAGUGGCGGCUGACCCGUGGGGAAAUCAGAUCGCCGCAGCAAGGAUGUUUUCUUCUAGAAGAAUUCUCCACGGCAAGGAUGAUGAGGAUACAUACAGGUAAUAUGCCAGGAACAUGAAUUUGGACCUGCGCUCUCUCUGUUCGGGCAGCCACUCUUACGCAUUAAUAAUAAAAGACAUGAUGAAUAAUGAGCUAAGCUUUACCCAUGAUGCCUAUUUCAUACUGAGUAGGUAGGUGCCGAUGCUUCGGAUAUUCAGGAGUACGUUCAAUAAGUUGAGCCACUCAUAUGAACCAUUGAAUUGGAAGCUCCAUACCUACGUUAAGAAGUUACUGAAGUUGAACAUUUACAAAUAAUUCCCAUUCCCUUGACGACUUACGCUUAGGAGUAGUUAGAUG